AUGAGCAGGCGCAGAAUAUUGCUAACCACGCUCCUCGCCGUAUUCUUCGCCUUCCUGGCUAUGCUCUACAGCCGAAUCAUCAACCCGCACAUUUUCCGAUCCCCAUCCUCGUUUUUCCCAUUUAGGACCCAAUCCACCACCCACAUGGCCCAGCCAUCCACCACCACCGCCUCCACCCGCGGGCCCGUCAUCGUCGUAGGGUCCGGCCUCGCGGGUCUCUGCGCCUCGUACGAGGCCCUCCGUGCCGGCGCCUCCGUACGCAUGAUCGACCGGGCCGCGAAACCAGGCGGCAACAGCAUCAAAGCCUCGUCGGGCAUCAACGGCGCCGGAUCCCGCUUCCAACAGGCGAAAGGCAUCACCGACCACUCUUUCCGGCAGGACACCAUCCGGUCGGCCGGCAAGCGGUACGCCGAGUGGGAGAAGACGCGCGAGGGCGUCGACCGCGGCGGUCUCGUGGAUCUGCUGACCGAGUCGUCGGGGAGCGCCGUCGAGUGGCUCGUCGACGAAAUCGGCGUGGAGCUCAGCGUCGUCGCCAUGCUAGGCGGCCACACGGUCGCGCGGACGCACAGAGGCGCGGGAAAACUACCGCCCGGCGCGGCGCUCGUGAGCGCGUUCCUGGCUAAACUCAAAGAAGACCCCAAUUUCGCCCUCGAGAGCGGCGCCCAAGUCACCGAGAUUACGCAGCAGGCGGACGGUGCCGUAAUAGGCGUCGAGUACACGCACCAAGGCGAGACGCACCGCCUACGCGGCCCCGUCAUGUUCGCCACCGGCGGCUUCGCCGGCGACGCCCACGGCCAAAUGGCCAAGUACCGCCCCGACCUCCGCGGUAUGCCCGCCACCGCUGAGGCCCGCCCCGGCACGCACGCGCUCCUGUCCGCCGUGGGCGCGGGCCUCGUCGACAUGGACAGCGUGCAGAUCCACCCCACCGGCUUCGUGGACCCCGCCGACCGGGGCUCCAUGUCCAAGUUUCUCGCCGCCGAGAUGCUCCGCGGCGAGGGCGGCAUCCUCCUCGGUCCCGCGGGCACGCGCUUUGUCGACGAGCUGCAGACCCGCGACCGCCUUAGCGAGGCCAUCAUGGCCCUGCCCCCGCGACGGAUGCCGGCGACGGCGCUGAUAUUCGCCAACUACGGCCACUGGUCCCUGCCCGCGGGCGAGGCCAACCGCGACCUCGAGGUCGUCGUCGGUCGCAUUACGCCCGUCGUGCAUUUUACUAUGGGCGGCGUCGCGUUCGAUGCUCGAGCCCGCGUCCUCGCGGCGACACUGGACAAACCCAUCCCCGGGCUAUUCGCGGCCGGUGAGGUUACCGGCGGCUUGCACGGAGAUAAUCGCUUGGGUGGGUCAUCGCUGCUGGAAUGUGUGGUGUAUGGGAGGAUAGCGGGGCGGGAAGCAGCCAAGUUACUCGCUUAA